AUGGCGGCCACCAACGGAACCAAUGGCACGCAGAAAUCGGCCCUCGUCGCCGUCGAUGAGUUUGUCGGGCACGAUUACGACUAUCUCAUCUGUGGUGGUGGUACAGCAGGACUGGCCGUUGCUGCUCGCCUAACGGAGAAUCCAGAUGUCACCGUCGGUGUAAUUGAAGCCGGCAAGAAUCGACUUGGUGACCAGCUUGUCGAUGUCCCCGCAAUGUUUACACAGAUGUUGGGCAACACGGAGUACGAUUGGGCAUGGAAAACCAUUCCUCAGCCAGGAAACAAGAAUAAAGUCCACCAUGUUGCCCGGGGCAAAGCGCUGGGUGGAUCGAGCGCGAUCAAUUACUUGAUGUAUGUUCGCGGAUCGGACCAAGACUACGAUGACUGGGCCAAAUUGGCAGACGACCCUUCGUGGUCAUCCGCCAACAUGAAGCAAUACAUGCGAAAGCACCAAACGCUGGAGCCUAUUGACGAGAGAGUCACUGACCGCUCCACCAUGCCAUUUGUCGGAGAGAAUCACGGCACAAGCGGUCCUAUACGGACCAGCUUCAAUGACUCGCGACUUCCCAUUGAAGACGAUGUGAUCAAGGCCGCUGACUAUGCCACCGGAUUUGACAAAAAGCCAACCGAUCCAUGGAGCGGAGAUCACAUUGGCUUCUACAAUACUCUAGGCACGGUGACCCGCACAGGUCCUAACAAGGGCAUGCGUAGCUACGCUGCUCGAGCAUACUUCCAGGCCAACGAACAUCGCCCGAAUCUCAAAGUCAUAACCGAGGCGCUGGUCGCUCGAGUCAUCCUCGAAAAUAAGAGUGCGACUGGUGUCGAGUUCAUCCAUAACGGCCAGAAGCAUACCGUCAAAGCCAAACGAGAAGUGAUUGUUUGUGGUGGAACCAUCAACUCUCCCCAGAUCCUCGAGAUGUCUGGCAUUGGCAACCCAGACAUUCUUAAAGCAGCCGGCGUCGAAUGUCUCGUCAACCUCCCCUCUGUCGGAGAAAAUUACCAAGAUCACGCCGCUACCGCUAUUAUCUACACACUGGCCGAUGGCCAAAUGUCUGCGGACUCGAUCUACAAGCCCGAAGUCAUGGCAGCCGCGCAAAAGGCUCUCGUGGAAGAACAAGGCGGACCGUUGACUGGAAUCCAAUCCGUUCAAGGCUUCUUCCCUUGCUCCAUGUUCCUAGAGGAAGGCGAGCUAAAUGAGAUUGUCAAGUCCAUUGAAAGCGCCAAGGCGAAGACGCCGUUUCAGAGGAAACAGUGGGACCAAGUCAUCUCACACGUCAAGAGCAACAAGUCGGCAAAUCUGCAGCUCGUCUUUAUCGCCGCGACGGGCGAUAUGGUAGAAGGUGUCAGUGAUCAGGCUAAAUUGUUCGCUCCACCAGCUGAGGGCGCUCGAGACGGCAUCACACUCGCUGUUUGCCUGCAGUACCCGUUCUCCCGCGGCCACAUUCACAUCAAAUCCGCCGAUCCCGCCGUGGCGCCCGAAAUCCACCCCAACUUGUUGGGUGAGGAAGCCGACGUCGCCAUCCUCGCCGCGGGCCUGAAGUUCAUCGAGAAGACGGCCGCAGCGCCCCAGCUCAAGGACAAAAUCAGCCAACGCAUCGUGCCGGAGCCAAAAACGUUCCCCUCCCUCGACUCGGUGCAGUCCCGUCGCGCGGCCGUCAGGGAGCACGUCCUGGGCGAGUACCACAGCUGCGGGUCGUGCGCGAUGGGCGACACGGUGGACUCGCACCUGCGGGUGAAAGGCGUGCAAAACCUGCGCGUCGCGGACGCGAGCAUCUUUGCGAACAAUGUUAGUGGCAACAUCUUGAGUAGCGUCUAUAUGAUCGCCGAGAAGGCGGCGGACAUGAUCAAGCAAGACUGGGAUCAUGCCGCUUGA